CCGGGUCUCCAUUCACUUAGUUGUCAGAGCUGAGCGGGAAGACGCAGCUCCCACUACAGUGAUACAGAGCGCGCCCGGUAACACGUAAAGAUGAAUUGUGGUGUACUGGCAACGUUUGGCAAGAAACUUAUCCGCAGGAGAGACAUAGACGUCAGCAAUAGAGAGUCAUGCUUUGCCCGCUGCCUGACCACCUUGGAUCUUAUUGCACUGGGAGUUGGCAGCACCCUUGGUGCUGGUGUUUAUGUUCUUGCUGGUGAAGUUGCAAAAGAGAAAGCGGGGCCUUCAAUUGUCCUCUGCUUCCUUGCUGCUGCUCUUUCUUCUGUGCUGGCUGGUCUAUGCUAUGCAGAGUUUGGAGCAAGGGUACCAAAGACUGGUUCUGCCUAUCUUUACAGCUAUGUCACAGUUGGAGAGAUCUGGGCAUUCACCACUGGAUGGAACUUAAUACUUUCGUAUGUUUUGGGUACUGCCAGUGUAGCAAGAGCUUGGAGCUCUAAUUUUGAUGAUAUCAUUGGAAACCACAUUAAAAAUUACUUCACAGAGAGAAUAAAUAUCAAAGUGGAGAAUGUCCUGGCAGAAUACCCGGAUUUCUUCGCCCUUUUACUUGUCAUUCUGCUAACUGUGUUACUGGCUGUAGGUGUAAGCGAGUCUGCAUUGGUUAAUAAGAUCUUCACUGCUGUCAAUCUUCUGGUGUUGGCCUUUGUCAUCCUGUCUGGCUUCCUGAAAGGUGAUGCCAAAAACUGGAGUCUUACCGAGGAAGAUUAUUAUAAUCUCACAUCAUCUAAUGUCUCUGACAGCUUAAAAGAAUUUGGUUCCGGAGGUUUUCUUCCUUUUGGUUUCAGUAAAGCUGCAUCUGGAGCUGCAGCAUGCUUUUAUGCAUUUGUGGGAUUUGACUGCAUUGCCACUACAGGUGAAGAAGCCAAGAACCCCCAGCGCUCUAUCCCGAUUGGUAUCAUCGUUUCACUCCUAGUUUGCUUUGUGGCCUACUUUGGAGUAUCUGCUGCACUUACCCUUAUGAUACCAUACUUUUUACUGAAUAAAGAAAGCCCCCUUCCUGGAGCAUUCAGAUAUGUGGGUUGGGAGCCUGCUCGUUAUGUUGUCUCUGUUGGAUCUCUUUGUGCCCUCUCAACAAGUUUAUUGGGUUCCAUGUUUCCGAUGCCACGUGUGAUCUAUGCAAUGGCUGAAGAUGGACUUCUCUUUAAGUUCCUAGCUAGGGUCAAUAAGAGGACGAAGACGCCAUUGAUUGCAACCAUUGUUUCUGGUAUUGUGUCAGCAAUCAUGGCGUUCCUUUUUGAGCUGAAGGUCCUUAUAGAGUUGAUGUCCAUUGGUACCUUACUUGCUUACUCUCUGGUGGCUGCCUGCGUUGUUAUUCUUAGGUACCAACCAGAGAAACAGAGCUGCUCACUUAAGACCACGGAAAUGGUAAAGCUAAAUAAGGAAGAAGAUGAGAAGACUGACCCUGAUCUACAGGUCACCUAUACCCAAACUGAUGCAUUCAGCUUUAGGCAUCUUGUCUCUCCAGGCAGCGAUGUCCCCACCAAAACUUCCGGACUCAUUGUUUAUGGCUGCGUCUCAGUAAUAUCUAUUUUCUUCAUCUUCAUGUGUUUGAUACUUUGUCAUAAGCUUAAUGACAUUCUUACUGGAAGUCCCAUCUGGAUCACUUUCUUUAUACUUCUGUCUAUGUGUUCUGCUGCUGUUACUUUUGUUAUCUGGAAGCAACCAGAGUGUAAAACCCAUCUGUCAUUCAAAGUGCCUGCACUCCCCUUGUUGCCUCUUUUUAGUGUGUUUAUCAACUUAUAUUUUAUGGUCCAAUUUGACAAUGACACUUGGAUUCGAUUUUCUAUUUGGAUGGCUUUAGGUUUCAUUAUCUACUUCGCCUAUGGUGUUUGGAACAGUACUGAGAACCAUGACUCUAAUGGGAAGGAAACGCAAACAAACCCUGACUUUGCUAGUCCAGCUGUCAAGGAUCAUUCAGCAGCCGUUGUGUAAAACAUGCAUUCCACUUACUUGUGUAUUGAUCUUUAUGUUGUGACUGUGCAGGUAAAAAGUGGCCCCUUGCUUGGUUAUUUCAGUUUCUCAUUUCAGUGUUCAUUGAUCUGGCAAAGUCUGUUUUAUGUGUUCUUGGUGUGACCAAAAAUGUUUGCCAUCUAAUUACAGAACGGUUAGGUUCACGUCAGAGGGUCUUUUCGGUUUUCUUGUCGUGAUAUAGAAACAGUAAAAAAAAAUCUUUUUAAUUGAAGCCCCGGAUCCUGCAGACACCAAGACCUGCCUGAGGGAUCCCGUUAACUAUAAUGGAGUCCAUUGGGUUUCUAUUAUGGAUUCCAUAACUCUGAACUGCUGAAUGGAAGACCGCUUCGUGCUGUGGUAUUUUGUUCUGGUUGAAGCCUCAAUCACAGAUGCUGUUAGAAGGCAGACCAUCUGCUGCAGAUGUGAACCUAACAUUACAAUCUGGUUCAUGUCUAUCACUCAGUGUUCAGGCAGUUGAAUGCAUGAGAUAAUUUUCAGAACAUGACAUGUCUCCUGCUACUCUGCAAACAGUACCGAUUGUGGUGUAACCAACAUGAAUUCUUCUUUCUGAUAUUCUUCCUACAUUACUCCCACAAUUUACUCCCCUUUUUUUGCCUUUUUAGCUGUCAAAUUGUCAGUUGUAAUCAAAGGAUUCAUCCUAUCUCACAUUUGAUCAUAGCUUCAUCAUUCAUAUUCAAUGUAUAAUGCAUUCUGACUGAUCUGUGCCAACAUGUUGAUUUAUGUAUUGAAUUAUUAUUUUUUUAUUAGGGAAGUUUCCUUUCAAAUAGCUGAAUGUAAGGAUUUCAGCAAAGUACUAAGAUGGGCCUGGAUUAGAAAUGUCUAUACUUGAAUGCUUGAAUUUCAUGUUUACAGAGGAAAUAUUUAUUGCAUUUUUAAUAACUUUUUAUACUUUCCCACAGUGCCUCUCCAUCUCAGACUGCAGACUAGUUUCUUGUACUACUUCCAGCAUAGACUGCACAAAUUCUAUUUCAUGUUUUAUUCUGUUUGUCGAUCCAUUUAUGGCUGGUGUAUAUAUUUUCUUGGUUCUCUUUAAAAAGACAUUCCGAAUUUCUGGUUUGUGUUGCAGACUUGCAGACAUAUGUAAUUUUUUUUUAAAUUGGGCAGACCUUUCUUAGAAGUGUGAUGGGUUUGAGAACUUGUCCGUACCAUUCCUGCUAUCUGCACAUGCAUUGAUAGCAUUCCUAUAUAUCUCUACACUUUAAUUGUGGAUGACAUUACAUGCGUUGCCAUCUAUCAAUUUGGAAUACCCUCACUGACGCAUUGGGACCAAAUCCCAGAUCACUUGUGGCUUGAAUUAUAGAAUAUGUAAUUAAUAAAGUUGCGUUUUUAUUUUAGUUGGAAUCACAAUACUAGUUUACAUUGCAUCUUAUAUGUUCUGGCCAGAUUCACAUCUCUGUUCUGGAUUUAUUGUACGUCCAUAGUACUCUUAUGUGUCACUGCUUGACCAUGGGUUUACGUGACCCAUACUCGCAGCAUCAUAGGUCCCUAUGAUACUAAGUUGCGGUCAGUUAAACCCACAGUCGGACAUGACGCAUCCAUAUAAUACAGCAGUAGCAUACAUCCAGAACACAGACUUUACUUUUUUUUUUUUGUGGGUGGGAAAACUCCUUUUGUGGCAAAUUACUUGGUAGAUGAAGGUGUAAUAAGUAUAUGAACUCUUAAUACUGUAGUGAUCUUAAUGUAGUAAUCACAUGAUCAUGAAUUAAAUAUCCUAUAAGGAUGGUAUAGCAGGAGUAUUGUUUUUAGAGUAAAUGCUGGUUUCAGUGCUUCAGUUUUUCAGAAAUAUUUUAUAUAUUUAGCUUGCU